CCUCUUACGAUAAUUGGUUCUUUUAAUUUAUGAUUGCGUUGGCGCAAUCGACGGUACUCACAUUCUAACUCAUGUUCCGGCAAUUGAUCAGGCAAGCUUUCGUAACCGCAAAGCGGUCCUUUCCCAAAAUGUACUGGCAGCUUGUUCAUUCGAUAUGAAAUUUACAUAUGUACUGGCUAAUUGGGAGGGUUCUGCUUCAGAUGUGAGGGUAUUACACAACGCAUUGACCUAAUCAGAUGAUCCCUUGCUUGUCCCAAAUGGCAGGAAAUCUGUUAAAACAUUAUCGAUCCAAUUCCCUACUCGAAAUAACCAUUCGUUUUCUCACUAAAUAGAACGAUGAUUGGAAUGUGUAGGAAAAUAUUAUGUUGUCGACGCUGGAUACGCUCAUUCACCUGGUUCUAUGGCUCCAUACCGGGGUGUUCAAUAUCAUUUACAAGAGUAUCAAACCGGGAGAUCGCCUGCUAACUUGAAGGAGUUGUUUAAUUACCGACAUGCACAAUUGCGCAAUGCAAUCGAGCAUUGUUUCGGUGUUUUGAAAGGUAGAUUUCCCAUCUUAAAGAGCGCUUCACAGUACGAAUUUCAUACACAAGUCUAGAUCGUGAUGGCCUUUUGUGUCCUACAUAACUACAUACGUACCACGAAUGUGUCUCCACAGGACAGCGAUUUCGCUGAUAUAUCUGUUACUGAUUUGGAGUGUAUCCCAACGCCAAACGAGGUUUCAACUAAUGAUAACCGUCAAUGGUUGUUUCAGGUAACUCAGGGUGAAAAAGAUGCUUAGAAUCGAUUGCGCGAUGACAUAGUGUACAGAAUGUGGGCAGAUGCGCUGCAGAAUAGUAGGAGUAUAUAGUCGAUACUUACUUGUUAAUUUUCCUUUCAUUACUUGGUGAUACUAUAUAUCAAGUUUAUUUAUAUUCGAUACGACAGAUUUAUAAUCACCUAGUUACACACUGGGUGGUAUGUUGGUAACCUAUAAUGACCAAUUGCUUUCAGAUUGUGUUGUGUAUAUUAAUAUUUAUUUCAUUUUCACGAUUAUGGUUGAUAUUGGUAAAAAAAUCAUUUACAAUUCAUAUUCAGGUGAAAUACAAACUCCGCCUUUAAUGACACAUCGACACCGACCCAAUCACCAGUGAAAACACCAUCGGUGCCCACUCGAUGUUCUCCACAUGCCAAAAAGGUACAAUCUCUAGCGGAGCCUUCAUGUAGAGCCGCGAAGAUCAAAUGGACACCUACUAUGGAUCAGAUUCUAUUCGACACAUUUAUUGAACAGGUUACACUAGGGCAUAAAGCUGAUAACAGUUUCAAGCGAGAGGCGUACCAAAUUGCUACUGAAGAAGUUACGAAGCAUACUGACGUGGCCGUCAGAUGGCAAAACGUGUCGAAUCGGUUGAGAUAUUAUAAGAGAGAGUACAAUGUUGUGAAGGACAUACUGGGGGCAAGUGGGUUUGGUUGGGACAAUGAGAGACUGGUGGUCACUGCUCCUGAUGAAGUCUGGGAUCAAUAUCUUAGGUCUCACCCACGUGCUGAGAGGCUGCGCGGGAAACGCAUCGAAAGAAUGGAUGACCUUGCGGUCAUAUGCGGAUCCGACUAGGCCACAGGUCGCUACGUGCAAGGUAGUCGAAGUAUGGCCGCAUCAGCAUCAUCUUCUCAUCUUCGAUGAGAUCUUAAUGAAGCAUGGAGAGAGGUUGAGGAUGACAUGGAUGAUACGAUUGACUUAUCAGAGGAUUAUGUAACAAACUCCACAGGGACCAUUCCCUUACCAUCAGA